AUGCAACAUACAAAGCCGACUUUGAAUUCAUCAAUAAAUCAACCUCAUCAACAGUAUCGCUCAUUGUCAAGCACUGGUUUGCAACAUCCCCAACCAACCCAAAAGUCACCCUCUCCUGAUCAAGAACUGCACAUCCACCUCCACCACCACCAUACAAUUAACAACAACAACAACAACAAAACUAUGAAUGGCGCAACCGGUAACAAUGUCUAUACUAAUCAAGAUAUUCUUGAAAAGACUCUGGCACGUAAGGUAGAUUCAAAGAUGACAACUUCUGAACAAUCACAACAAGAGCAACACUACCAUCACCACCAUCACCAUCAUCACCAUUAUGGUUCUUCUGUUUCUCCAAGUUCCAUUUUCCCAACUUCAUCCAGUUUACGUGAUAUUCUUGCUGUGGUAUUUAUUAUGCUUUCCCUUCCAUUAAGUAUUUCCCUUGCAUUAUUGAUAACUUAUAUUAUCUUGGGAUCUAAUUUUAUGGGUGGGAAAUUCUUGAUAAACUUCUUUUUACAAGAUAAUCAACGAGUUUUAACUAAUUUCAAAUCUUUGGGUGUAUCAUUUAUGAAGAUGUUAGUGGUUGAUAUAAGUUUAUUUUAUACAUUAACAAGUAUAAUUCGUAAGAAGAGUUAUUUGAAUUAUUUUAUUAUCCUUUCCAAAGCAAUUGUUUCAAGUGAAUUAAUUGGAUCUUCAUCAAUUAAUUAUAUUAAUUCAAUUUCUUCCAAGAAAAUCACAACUAAGAUUCAAUAUGAUGAUAAGAAUAGAAUAUUCAGUAAUAGUUUUAUUAAUGCGAUAUUUUGUUUUAUAAUUAUUAAUUAUAUUAAUUAUCUAUUAAAUUGGUUAAAUGUUUCAUUUAAAUUUAUGGAGAAUUUCCCAACUAUUGCAUAUAUCAAUAAUUUUAAUUUCCAUACAUUAAGCAUUAAAAUUUAUUUAUUAUUAUCAAUUCAUGUUAUAAAUCAAGCAAUCUUUGCCAAAAAAUCAGCUAUUUCACAAAAUUCAAUACCCAAUUUAUCCGAUGAUAUUUCAAUUAAUGUUGAUGAUAAUAAAUUAUUAAAUAUUGAAUUGAAUGAUUCAUUGAUUAAUAAAUUUGAUUUAUGGAAAAGUAUUAAUAAAAAUAAUAAUACAAUUGCAUUGAAAAAUUUCGAAAAUUUUAUUAUAUCACCAUUUAAUAGUAAAUUAAAAGUAUUAAAGAAUAGACUAAGAACUUCAUCAAUUUCAAAUUUUAAUCUUGGACAACAACAACCGCAACCAUAUGUAUCUACUCCAAACAGAAGAGCCCCGGCAGCUACACCAGCAACAACGGCUGCAACAGCAGCUGCAACGACAGCAGCAACUGCUUCAGCAACCGGCGCAAAUUCACCCACAUCUGUUCCGAUGAAAACUACUACUACAACUACUUUAUCCACCAGUUCAGCAACUUCCACUUCUUUAACUACAACCACAAUCUCACCAAAUGCAACAACAAUUGAGAAUACAAUCAUUAUUCAACCAUUUUGGUCAAUUCUUGCAGCAUUUAAGGCGAUUUUACGAAAUCCGAAUCUAUUUAAUGGAGAAUCUACCAGAUGUAAAAAUGAAGGUGGUGAAUUUAAUAGCUCCUCCAGCAAGACUAGUGAUCUUUCUAUUGUAAUGUCUGCGAUUUUGAUUGAUUCUUCAAAAGUUGUAUUAAAAGUUUUGAGUAAAGCUGGAUCAAUGGAUUUAGAUAAUGUUGAAAUUAGAUUGAAUAAUGUUAAUUGGUCAUAUUUUAAAUUUAUUGAACAUGAAGAAGAAACCUUUUUAAUUAUUUAUGGAUUAACUGGAUUAUUUCAAUAUGAAGUUGAUAUGAUAUACAAUGGGAAAUUAAUUAAUCAUAUUGUUUUAAGUACGAUUAAUUCUGAUAAUGAUCAAAUUAUUAAUAAAUCAUUAAGAGAGACAUCUUCAUUAACUACCUUACAAAUUUCAGUUGGAUCAACCAUGACAAGAUUAAAUAAUUUAAAAAGUAAAUUCAAAAAAUUCAAACGGGAAGAAAAUAAGAAAUUAACUGAAUUGAAAAAUUCAAUUGAGAUUAUUAAGAAUAAGAUUUCUAAAUAUAAUGAUAAUAAACAAGGUAGUGAUAAUCGAGUAUUUGGUAAGAUUAAGGGAUUAAAGCAUUCAGUUAUUCAAUUGGAAUCAGAGAUUGCAAGUUUGAAUCAAGAAAUUGAAUCAUUGACUAAUCAAGAAGAUGAAUUAUCUCAAGAAUUUGUUCAAAAGGAAUCCGAACAAUUGAAACAAGUUGAAGAAUUAGAGGAAGAAUAUCAAGAAUAUGAAGAAAGAAUUAAGAAGUCUAAAUUGGAAUUAAAACAAAUUAAAUCUGAAUUUAAUUCAAUUACUACAAAAUAUUCAAAGUUGGUAAAUAAACAAAAUAGUAAAACUGAAGAAAUUAAGAAUUUAAAUAAUGAUUUAAGAAAUAUGAAAAAGAAUGAAAUUUUACUGAAAUUUUCCAAGAGGAUUAAAAAGAUAAAUGAAAAGUUUGAAACUAUUUUACCAAGGGUUAUUCAUGAAACUGAACUUUUAAAACGUGAAUGUGACAAUUUACUUCAUCCUUCUUCUGAGGAAAUUCAACAAUAA